GGACAGAGCUCCGCCGUGCUAGCAAAAGAUACAGAGAGUGGGAAAUCGGCGUCAGGAUCUCAGAAUGCAAGUCAUGCAGCAAGGCCAUGAGAUGAGCAUCAUGCAUUCAUUCCUUGUAGCCUUUCUCUUCUCAAUUCUCCUCUUCAUCUUUCUCCACCAUAGGAAAAUAAAACUACCUAACCUUCCUCCUUCACCAUUCAAGCUUCCCAUCGUUGGCAACCUCCACCAGCUCGGCUCCCUGCCUCACCGCUCCCUCCACGCACUCUCUAAAAGGUAUGGCCCACUCAUGCUCUUGAAACUCGGACCCAUACCCACCGUCGUUGUCUCAUCAGCAGACAUGGCCCGAGAGAUCAUGAACACCCAAGAUCUCAUCUUCUCAAGCAGGCCACCUACUUCCAUGGCCAAGCGGCUCAUGUAUGGUGAAGACCUAGCCUUCGCACCUUAUGGCGAGUACUGGCGGCAGGCGAGGAAGGUGUUCAUGGUCCACCUGUUAAGCUCAAAGCGGGUCAAGUCGUUUCGGCCCGUGAGAGAAGAAGAAGUGGCCCUUAUGAUCGAGAACAUCCGGUCAUCCACGAAGAUGGGUCCAGUGAACUUGAGCGAGAUGAUGAUUUCGAUCAACAAUGAUAUAACCUGCAGGGUUGCCUUUGGGAAGAAGUAUACAGUGGGAGUUGAAGGAGAAGGUAGCGGGAAGAGAUUUCGUAGGCUGCUUAGAGAGUUUCUGGAGCUUUUGGGGGCUUUCCAUGUGGGUGACUUCUUCCCUUGGCUUGCAUGGAUUAGCAAGUUUAACGGUAUGGAUGAAAGGGUAGAGAAGAAUUUCGAGGAGUGGGAUAAUCUACUUGGUGGGAUUCUCAAGGACCAUGAAGAUGGAAAGAGAGAUGACGAUGGUGAUGAUCGUAUGAUGGACUUUGUGGAUGUCUUGCUGCAAGUUCAGAAGGAUUUCACGGCUGGAAUUCCCCUCACACAAGAUCGAAUCAAAGCCCUCGUUAUGGACGUGUUUGCUGCAGGAACUGAUACAUCAUACACUACUCUUGAAUGGGCAAUGGCAGAGCUCCUAAUGCACCCAAAAGUGAUGAAGACAGUGUUGGAAGAAGUGAGGGGGCUAGCUCGAGGACAUUCCAUGAUUGCUGAGGACGAUCUAGUUCACAUGAAAUACUUGAAAUCAGUGAUCAAAGAAGCACUAAGAUUGCACCCUCCGCUUCCGUUGCUGGUCCCACGAGAGUCAAUGGAGGAUGUCAAGAUACAGGGCUAUGACAUCCCAGCAAAGACGAGGGUCAUUGUCAAUGCAUGGGCGAUUGGAAGGGACACUAAAUCAUGGGAACACCCAGAAGAAUUUCAACCAGAGAGAUUCUUGAUUAGCAGUAGCCAUAUAGAUUUUACUGGGCAUGAUUUCGAACUGAUCCCAUUUGGAGCAGGCAGAAGGGGAUGUCCGGGAAUUCAGUUCGCGAUCGCCAAUGUUGAGCUCGUGCUUGCCAAUAUUCUCUAUCAUUUCGACUGGGAGAUGCCUAAUGGGGCAAGUGUGGAGGAUUUAGACAUGUCCGAAUCUCCAGGAAUUACAGUCCACAAGAAAAGUGCUCUUCUUCUUGUUGCAAAGCCCCGGUCCUACUAAGAUAUAUUUCUACUUUAAUGAUUUUAUGUUGGUAUUUUGGCAUAUGUAUUAGAAAUUUAAUAAAGGUGCAUCCGCUGUACAUUUGACACACGUCAUAGCACUACGGAUGACACCUGGAUAUAGAUAUUUUCCGAUGAUUCCGUUUAUAAUGACAUUGGAUGUUUAGUGUGGGGUAUUAGCGCAUUUGAAUAGCGUUGUUUACUAUUUAGAUUAUAUAAAUUGACAUGUCAUAUAUUA